AUGAACGCCUAAAAUAACAACAUUUUAAAUAUAUUUUCAUAGCCUAUUCAAGAUAAAAAAGACACAACCUAAGCAGGCAACACUUAAUCUGCUUUAUUUUCUAAUAAUUUUGGAGCUCCCAUGAGUAAUAAAUAGCAAAAUAUAAGCAAUGUUAGCUCUGAAUCUUCACUUCAGAUAAGCAACAAUAUCUUCGGAAGUUAUACAAAUUUAGAUAGUUAGUAGAAGAAUACCAUAGAUAAUUUAUUUGGAUAAAAUAAUGCAAUAAAAAACAAUUAAAACACAUAACAAAAUGCGAUUUAUGCAUAGCCUGGAGCAGAAAAUAAAAACAAUAGCUCAUUAUUUUAGAGUACAAAUUCAAAUUUAUUUUAAAGCAUCGCUUAGAAAACAGAUAGUUCCAAAAAUAUGUUUUCUCAACCUGCAAAUAUUUUUAACCCUACAAAUAAUGAUAUAAAUAAUAGUUUAUUUUAGAAAAAUCAAUCACCAAUAUAAUAGCAAAAUUAAUCACCUGCCUAAUCUAAUUUAUUUUCUACCAAUUCCUCUCCUUUUUUUUAGUAAGGAAAUUAAUAGUAAAAUUUAAGCUUAAUUGGGAAUUAACAAUCUCUUUUUUAAGCUAAUUAAGAUUAAUAAAAAAAUAUUUCUCCUAAAAGCAAUACAUUCUUUAUGAAAGUUUAGGAAAUUCAACCAUAAAAGUUAGAUUUUUUAGACUAGAAAGUAGAUAAGACCAAAGAGCUAUAGGAUAACAUGCUUUAAAAUAAAUCUUUGGGCUCCCCUAAAUUUGGAUAAACUUAAUAGAUUUUAAAUGAUAAAGAUUAAGGAUAUUAAAAAAGUGAUGCAUAGGAUACAGAUUCUAUUGAUAAGUUAGAUUUUAAUGAUAAUAAAAGUGAAGAAGAAGAAGAUGAUGAUCAAGGAUUGGCUGAUUUUCCUAAUAGGUCCUUUGUAGCUUAAAAGCAGUAAAAUGAUUAUGAUGCAGUAUAGAGCAGAUUUAAUUCUAAUAAGCAAGAAGAUGAAGAUGAUUAAAAUUUGGAGGUCUUUGGACCUAGAGAUACAAGAGUAGCAGAAUAAGAUUUAUCAGUUUAAAAAGAAUAAAGGAUUUACUAAAAAAUAGACAUGUAAAAGAAGAUAUCAGAUUUAGAAAUAGAGAUAGACUAUUAUAAAAAAUAAAUAAGUACUUAAUAAAAGACAAUUUAGGAUCUACAAAAUUAAAUGAAUAAAAUUUUAGAAGAUAACAGCAAAGUUUUAAGUUAACAAAAAGAAAUAUUUAAUUCUUAGCUAAAGAGGGCAGAGUCAACAAUAAAUAAGGCCUUUGAGUAAAAUAAGUUGCUUGAAAAAAGGUAUGGAUUUGAAAUAAUGAAGAUAGCUUUAAUUAGGAAAAUGGAAUUGACUAAAAAUUAAAAUUAGUUAUAGACUAUGAAAGAAGAAUUAGAAAAGACAAAGUUGAUUUUAAAUAAUUAUAAAUUUAAAAAUGACGAGUUAGAAAUAAUCAAAUAAUAAUACAUAGAAAGCUAAAAAAAAGAUAUCAAAGAAGAAAAAGUUAAAUAAAAAUAUGAUUGUAUUUUAGAAAAGUUAAAUAGCUUAAUAAUAAAAUAUAAUAACUAGGACAUUAAAGAUGAAGCAUUAAAUUCAAAUUAAAAUGAGUAAUUAUCCUAAAUUCAUUUAAAUUCUUAGCAAUUGUAAUAGUAAUAAGAACAAGACACAUUGCAUUAAUUAGAAUAAAUUUUAUUAAAAUAUUAAAAUAAUCUAAAAAUGUAAUCUGAAAGACUAAAUGUAUUGCCUAAUAUUUCGACCUAAUUUGAAAUUGAAAAAUAGAAAUUUUUAUUCACUACUCAAAAACUUUAGUAGUAAAUAGAGUAGUAUGUCUUAUAGAGCUUAAAGCUAGAGUAGGAAAACAGAGAAAUAAAAAUGAAAUUUUAAGAAUAAGAAAAUGUAAAUUAUAAAAAUACUAAAUUAAAUGAAGAGCUAAAGGCCCAUUAUAACUAAUUAAUAGAAUAUGAAAAGAACAAGGCAAAGGAUCUAUUAAAAGAAAAGAAUAUGCUUUUGAAAUCCUUAAUAGUACUUAUAAUUAUUUUUGCAAGUUUUUUAAUCCGCUCAUUGCUUUUCUGA